AUGGGCUCUAUCGAUACUGUUGGACCUCUGUUUCAGCCCCUACGCUUGGGCGCUGUGUCCCUCAGCCACCGGGUUAUCCAAGCUCCAUGCACUCGGAUGCGAUCGACGAAGGAGUCGGACGGCGUGUUUGUUCCCAAUGAACUUAACGUUGAAUACUAUGCGCAGCGAGCGUCACCUGGAGGUCUUAUGCUGACAGAGGCAACUCCGAUUAGUCGACUUGCUGCUGGGUAUCCAGGUGUCCCCGGUAUCUUCACGCCCUCGCAAAUCGCCGGCUGGAAGAAGGUCACCGAUGCAGUGCACGCGAAAGGCGCCUACAUAUUUUGCCAGUUAUGGCAUGUUGGUCGGGCAACAGUGCCAUCUUUCAUUGAAGGAAAGCAAGCCCUUAGUGCCAGUGAUAUCCCCAUUAGCGGAAAGGCAUUGGAUGGUAGCGAGUACAGUGCGACACCUCCGCGGCCCAUGACGGUGGAGGAGAUCCAGGAGACUGUGCAGGAAUAUGCCGCUGCCUCCAAAAGAGCCAUGGAAGCAGGGUUUGACGGGGUUGAAAUUCAUGGCGCAAACGGAUAUCUCCUGGACCAGUUCCUGCACGACAAUGUAAACAAUCGUACAGACGACUAUGGUGGUUCUAUCGAGAAGCGGUCCCGGAUUGUCCUCGAAGUACUGAAGGCAGCCUCCGAGGCCAUCGGGGCAGACCGUGUAGGCAUUCGUCUAUCACCAUACAAUUACUUCCAGGAUACUCGAGACUCGAACCCGAAUGUUCACUGGCUCUCACUUUGCUCGCAAAUCGCCAACCUCCCCGCCGAAGUGCGACCCGCAUACGUACACAUGAUUGAACCUCGCUUUGACGAGGUGCUCGAUGAAGAUGCGAAAAUCGAUUCGCUUUCCUUGGAGAGACCAUCUUUGGAUGUGUUCCGACCCACGCUGAAGAAGGGCGGCAUCGCUUUCCUAGCCGCGGGGAGCUUCAACCCUCAGAAUGCUGGACCAAAGUUGAUUGACGACGGAGCGGACGCGGUGGUAUUUGGCCGGUGGUUCAUCUCGAAUCCCGAUCUGCCUCGACGGUUGAAGGAGGGUCUGCCUUUGAACCCUUAUGAUCGGUCGACCUUCUAUGGAGCUGACCCGGCGGAGAAAGGAUACACGGACUACCCUUUUUACAGCAAGAUGCAUGAUAGAGGGCAUGGGCUGCCAUCUUCAACCCGGUGA